CGCCGUUUUACGUGGUUACCCCGGCAUGUCAUUCCCUCUAGCUCUCAAAAUUCCUCCUCUUCUGCCGUCGCCGUCCCUGCGCCUGCCCGUUGGCCUCGGCCACCACCCAGCCCUUGGUCGGCCUCCACCCACCUCAUCGUCGGAUUCUCUCUCUAACCCUACUUUUCUCUUCUAAUCCUAAGUUCCUCUUUUCUCUCCUCAUUCUCUCCCUUCCUCCGAACCAGCCUCCUCUCUCUCCUCAUUACCUGAGUUGGUGAACAUCUAAGGACGGGAACCGCUAAUCUACCGAUCUGCUGCGACAUUCACCACGUAAGCUCCGCAUCUGCCGAUCUGCUUCCAGAUUUGGCCUCUGUAAAUUAACCCGUGAAGAAAUCCAUUUUCGUUUCUAGACUAAUGUCAUUAGUUUGCUUCCAGACUUGGGGUUUUCUUGCAGUGUUGCACGCCCAAGUUUGCUAGCAGAUUUUUGGAAAUUUAUUCUCCACAUAUGGGCCCUGAUUUAGAGCUCCAAGGAAAGUCGAAAGCUGCUAUGGAAUUUUUGGUUAGUAAGGACAACAUAAUCGCCCCUGAAGGCUCAGAAGAAAAACUUCUGCAAUGUGCAAGUCAUUGUGAGGACAACACCUUUGGCGUGGAAGAAUUAUUAGUUGAGCGAGCUGGUGAACACGAUGGAAUUGAGAAUAUGGAGCUUAAUAUAACCGACAUUAUUGAUACAAUUGAUGCUGUACCGGUUAAAGGUGAAUGCGAAGAUGUGACUGAGCAUUCAAGUUCUUUUGGUGGUACAGAAUCCAGGACAGACGGUGGCUUGAUGUUGACUGAUGACGAAAUUGAGUCACACGUGUGUGCAAGUAAUGCAUCAAUAUAUGAUGGAUGCUUUGAUGCCUUUCGAAUAAGGAAGAAAAAGUUAACUGUUCAUUGGAGGAAGUUUAUACAUCCUCUUAUGUGGCGCUGUAAAUGGAUAGAACUUCAAAUUAAGGAGCUUCAGUCCCAGGCACUAAAGUAUGAUAGAGAACUUGCGGUAUAUGAUGAAAGAAAGCAGUUUGAAUUUGAAAACUUCACCUUAGAAGGUUUUGAUGCAAAGUCUCUACCCUUUCCCAGACAACUUAGAAAUAAGGUCAUGACGAGGAAGAAAAGAAAGAGAGUUGAAGAGACGGCUGAUGUAAUGCCAUAUAUAUCACAACAUAACCUGUUCUCCUACUAUGAAAGUAAGAGGUCUAUUGCUGAUGGUGCUCCUAUAGAAGGGUAUUGUGGUAAUCUAGAUAAGAUUUCUAAUGGCAGUAAUGAGUUUGGGAUAAAUGAUGGAUGGUCAUCUCUUGAAUUUGGAAAUGGUGAUAAUUCAUUGGAACAGAUUCUCUGGAAGAUUGAAGUGGCACAUUCUCAAGUUCGCAAGCUGAAGACCCAAAUUGACAAGGUGAUCAGUGAAAAUCCUGGAAAGUUCUGUUCCAUAAAUAAGUUGAGCUUGCCUGUACCAUCUGAAGCAUUGACCCGUUCUGAUCAAAGUCCUGCCUCUCCUCCUGAUAAUGGACAUAGGUUGCCAGCCAAAUCUCCAUUUACUUCUCGGCUUAUAGCUGAGGGUAGUAUGGGAGAUGUACCUAUGUCUGAAAGUGCAGUUUUCAGUCUUGGGGAGGCAAACCCUCUUUCUAAUAUAAUUGAAAGCAUUGACCAGUCUCAGAAGGAAGGAAUUCUGAUACAUAAUCAGGCUGCCAAGGAAGAGUUGGAUGAUUUUGGUGAAGUCAGAGGUUGGCUCAUAAAGAAGCCUCAGGUACCGCUGAAAGAGCAGAAAACUAUUCCUCAAGACCUGCCCGCAGGGACAGCGAUACCCAAGCUUCAAUCUAAUGUAAAAUCACGUUCCCCUUCCAAGUCAAGUUUCCCUCGGCACACAAGAAGACGGGGGCAGAGAAAAGCUGGCUCAAAGAGGUGGAGCAGGAGAUCUUUAGGUUAGCUAGAUUUUACAAGCCAAUAUAGUUUUUUUCUUAUUUGUUCUAAGGAUGAAAACCAAAAUAUUCAAAAAGAAUGUCAACAGCCUCCGUUGCUCUUCAGAAUUUGUAUAUGCUGCUUAUUUUACAGUUUUACUGUAUAUCUUCUCCCUCUCUCUUGUAGCAUUGAUUUCAAAUAUAAAAGUUGAAAAUUGAGUUUU